AUGAAAGCUGUCGGAGUCUCAAAAUACGGCCCGGUCGACAACCUUCAAUCACGAGAGGUACCGAAGCCCAGUGUCCAAUCGGCCGACAGAUUCUCGUCAAUGAAAGCUUGUUCCGUGAAUCCGAUCGAUCACAAAGUGCGAUCUGGAACCUAUGACGAUGCGCCCGACUACUAUGAACACGUCCCAAAGGAUUUUCAUAUCAUCGGUUUCGACGGAGCCGGCGUGAUUGAGCAAACAGGACCUGACUGCCAACUCUUCAAAGUCGGCGAUGAAGUUUCUUGGGUUGGCGCAACGACUGAACAGGGGAGUUAUGCAGAGUACCAGCUCGUGAGCGAAUUGGCCUGCGCGAAGAAACCGAAGAACCUCGAUUUUGUUGAUACUGCGAGCUACGGUUUGACUUUCAUGACGGCAUAUCAGUCGCUGUAUCGGAGGAUGGAGGUUAAGCCUGAAGAGCAGGCGGGUAUUUUGAUCAUCAAUAGUGGAGGUGGUGUUGGAAGUGCGGCUAUUCAGCUUGCGAGAAGAGUUCUGAAGCUUCCGGUCGUGGUAGCUACUGCAUCGCGACCUGAGACGAUCGACUCUUGCAAGCGGAUGGGCGCUACUCAUGUUAUCAACCAUCGGGAAGACCCUGUAAAGCAGAUUGAAGACCUGGAUCUCGACGUUCCCAUCAAAUACGUCUACAUCGUUGCCCGAACCGAGCAAUACACCGAAUCCGUCGCCAAAAUCUGCGCACCAUUCGGAAAGGUCUGCACCAUCGUUCAGGCAGACGUGAGUCUCUACGGAACAGAAUUCAUGUCGAAGUCCUUGACAUUUUCAUGGGAUUGGUUGGGCUCUGCUGCGUAUCAUAACACUGGCGUCGAAGAUCAUCAUGAGAUGCUAGACACUAUUUCUCGUCUGAUGGAAGACGGUACACUCUUCUCUACAGUUGGAACUCGUCUUAGGUUAACGCUUGAGGGGUUGAAGGAAGCGCAUAAGAGGGUGGAGAGUAGUACUACAGUUGGGAAGAUUGCGCUUGGUGUUGAUGAGCCUGGGGAGGGUGAGCCAUUCGCUUAG